GGCGGUAAUGUUUUAAGCCAGUUGUUUUUUAAUUUACCAGAAGAAGUGUAAGUAGUAAACGCGGAAGCUGCAGGAAAAGACAGUGAAAAGAUGUUGGUGACGAGCUGAUUUCUAUGAUGGACGACAUAGAAAUGGAGGCAGGGGCUGUGGAGUCCGACAGCUCGUCUGUUGGAGAUCCAGUGUCAGGGAGACAACAACGAGGUGGUGGUUCGUCUGUGGGCAGUGACGAAAUGUUUUACAUCCCUGAAAGGAGACCCUCUCUGGAUCUGGCACCAAUUGAUACCAGUGAUUGGGAUUUUGUGGAUUGGGCUCAGUCUCCAACUCUGAGCUACAUGUCCAUGACAAGUGGUGAGCAGUCUGGAAGAAUGAGCGAUGGAAACGGAAACACAAGUUUCCAGUUGACCAGAACAGACUCAAACUCCAUCUGCUGCUCCUUGGACAGUGACAACUGUGAAGAGCAAAUCCUCAAGGUGUCAGAGCCUCCUGUUGAACCAAAGGUAUUCGAUGAGUUCGACCUGUUUUCUGACACACUGGAGCCCGCUGGUCCACCAGAGAGCUCUGAGACGGCCUCCAAGCCUUCCACUACCUUAGAGAUACCCACAGACCCCAAUGAGUUCAGUCAUCCUUCUGUGACGGUGGCUUUCACUUUCAAGGCGAUCUGUGCUGCCCUAAAGAAGUUGUCAGAUAAAGGUCUGGAGUCCUUCAAGAACAUGUUGUGGGAACAUUACCCAAAGGUAUUUAACACCACUCCGCUGACCAUGGACAUAGUGAGCCUGGUGGGGAGUUUGCUUGAGACUUUCAGCCUGGCAGUGUCUCUGAAGAUCACCACAACUGUUCUGGAGGAGAUGGGACUGGACAAGGCAGCAGCUGAACUGCGACACCUGUGUUUUAAAAAUGAAGUUCGUCGUUGUUUACGUGAGACUCUAAAGAUGAAGUACAAAAGAGAAAGUGUGGAUGUGGACAGACAGGGAGGACAGGAGGACAGGACUCUGGACCAUAUUUUCACUCCUCUCGUCAUAAGCUCCAGAGGUCACAACGGCCCCAACACUGAACACGAGGUCCUGACCAUAGAGAAACUGGACACCAACAAAGAUGUCGGACAAGUUUCUCUCCAGAGUAUUUUUCCACCAGAGACGGCGGACGCUGCCGGUCCAAAGAUGGUGUUGGUGACAGGAGUGGCUGGAUCAGGGAAGUCCAUGUUGUUCAGGAGGUUUGUCCUGGACUGGUGCGAAGAGCGCUCCCACGAAAACAUUUUAUUCUUAUUUCCCUUUUCGGCAAAAGAACUCAAACAGUUUGAGAGUUCUGACGUCUCCUUUUUGGACAUAAUCCAAACCCUCUACCCCGAGUCCAAAAAACUGAGACAGAAGGACUUUCAGGACGAGGAGCACCAGACGAUGUUUGUCUUCGACGGCCUGGACGAGUGUCAGGAGAUGCUGGACUUUUUCCACACCACCAUCCUCAGUGACAUUUCGGAGUCGGCUCCUCUACAGGUCAUCGUGGUCAACCUCCUCAGGGGCAGGCUGCUUUACCACUCCGUGCUCCUCGGCUUCAGCAGACCACAGGUACAGGCUUGCAUUUCCUGGGACACGCACUACCAGAACAUUGAAGUACGUGGGUUCAGUGCCCAGGACAGGGACGAGUACUUUAAGAGGAGGUUCAAGGACCCAAAACAGGCAGCAGGAGUCAUCGGCUACGUCCACUCCUCACCCACACUCAGAAUAAUGUGCCACCUGCCUCUGUUCUGCUCCCUGGUGGCUGAUGAGUGGGAUGGUUUAGUCAAAGAACAGGGUUCAGAUCCCGUCCUGACCAGGAGCGUCACCUACAUAUACACGAAGCUAAUUCUAGCGCUCUUGCACCAGCGUCGAGCUCCGGACUCUAGCGUGGACAAGGAGAGAGAUUUCCUAAGCAGACUUGGGAAGUUGGCCCUCCACAUGUUGGAACAAGGCACGUUCAAGAUCACCAGACACACUUGGAAAGAGCUGGAAAAACACGAGGAGCCGUUACUGGUCAACGCCGGCCUGUGCACGGAGUACAUCACCAGACCGCACUUCCUGUUAGAGGAGACGAUGAUGAGUUUCCUCCAUCCCACCGUGCAGGAGUACCUGGCUGCGUUUUAUGUUUUCAUCUGCUUCAGAAACCAGGGGAGAAUGGUCUUUGAGCAGCAGUCCAAGCUGAUGGGACUCUUCAAGGCCCCCACGGUCACCGACCUGUACAGGAGCGCUGUGGACACUAGCCUGUCGUGUGCCGACGGCAAACUGGACAUUUUUCUACGUUUUCUGUGUGGAUUGGCGUGCACGGACAACCAGGAACUCCUGCAGCCGUUCUUCAGCGCGCCUGCCGAUUGGUCGACAGCGGCCAGAGACGUCGCCGCCGUCAUCAGGAAGAGAAUCAAAGAAAAUAAGUAUCCUGGCAGGAAAGACAAUCUGCAACGCUGCCUGGAGGAGAUGAACAUGUGACCUGGCUUCACAGACGGCAUCGUCAGUCACACUUCACCACCGAUGUACUAAUCACCACCAACUUCGUUUUUCUGUCUGUGUAGGUUCUCAGUCAUCCAAAAAUCCAAAAAUAGUUACAUUAAGGGCAACUGAAAAGUUUGGGGUUUUUCUUGCACAUUUCAAAUCAAGUACAAGUGUGUACUGUGUUGUACUUCAACACUAAAAUUAAUGAGAAAACACCUCUGUACUUUGUACCAUUUAUUGGCUUUUAUGGACACAGUGUGUUUAUUUAUAAAAUGUUUCAGUGCCUGAUGUAAAACGAACAGAAGAUUUAGUUAGUUAAUUUAUUUAUAAUCUAGUCUGAGUCCACCUGCACAGAGACAGAGACAGUGAAUGACAUUAAACUACUUCUACUCACUCGCAAAUAGGAAAAUAAAGGAUCGGAUUU